GGUUUUGCCUAUCUUCUCUUUUUCGUUGCUGUUAGACUUCGUUGCUUUGCAGAGGUGGAUAGAUUGCACGCUUCGCUUCUUCGGCUACUUCGUGGCUGUUCGAUCUCGCUCCUUGGACGACUUUCCCUUCCUGUCGGAUCGGAAGUUACGACAUUUUGAUCGGAAGCAAGAACGGGAGCUCGCUGGCCGUGAAGGUGAACUAUUUGGAGCGGAUAUAUAAGCUUAUUGAAGGGAGAAUACUCUGAAGCGGCUUGUUGAUGCGUAAUGGGUGGUUCUGUGAUAACACCUGAAGAUGUACUAGAAUCUCUAAUGAAUGAUGGCACUAUAGAUGCAAUCAGACUAAAGAUAAUUAAUCAAUUAAAAGGCAAUGAGGAACUGAAGAGAAACACAAUCACAAUGGUGGAGCAAAGUAAGGUGCUCAACACAGCGGGUGCUGAGAAGCAGACUAAACGGGAGUUGUUUGACGCGCUCAGACAAGAACUCGAAUCGCCAGUCCUUGAGAAAGCCUCGAAGGCAGUAUGGGAGCUAAUACUGGAUAAUAAUGGCUUAGGAAAAGAGAUCAGUGAAGUGGUUGAGAGAGUCUAUCGUCGCCUGAGCGGCAUUGAGCUACCACCACCACCUCCUCCACAAUUGACGGACGGAGGCGAAGAGAAGGAAGAGAAGGUAAAAGAUUUGGACAUGGCUGAAUCCUCAGCAAGGAAGCGGACAUUUGGUGAGAUGAAUGCUCAAGACGUCGCACAAACUGUCCCAAAUAGAAGUGGUGAUCAUCUUCCUGUAGCGUGAGUUAUUUUGAUUAUUUUCCUUCUUCUAAUGCAAAACAUGAACUGAUUGAUGGCAGUUUGAUAGCUCUUAGUAGCGAAUACAGUGAAAAUAGAUCAAUUAGUAAGUUUCCAACUACAUUGUAGAUAUGUUUUUUAAACUCGUUAUAGUUUUAUAUCAACAAAA